UGGCAACGGAGUUGCAACAAUACCAGUUUGUCGUCAUUUGAAGGCCAAUACUUAGCCAUGAAGAAAAUCCAAAUAUGUGCUACUGUCUGUUUCAUUAUGACUGCACUUACCGUAUAUCUCCAUUUGAACUGGAAUACAUUCAGACUUUCACAGGGCUACUUUCCAACAAGAGGAACGACCUAUCUGACAGAGGAGGUAAUGCGUUAUGGACUGGUCAUUGUGCCUUCAUUAUGUGCAAAUGCGAACAAAUCCCGUGUGUCGCUCAACCACGCCCAUAAAGUCUACAGUUUAGGAGAGCAGAUUCAAGUGCAAGUAGAUCUGUAUGAUUUGUAUGGUAACCGCAAGUUAACGGGAGGUGACUUUCUGAGAGUCUGGAUGGAGAACCCAGAGACAGCAGCUUCCGUUUCCUGUCUGGUGUCGGACCACAAUAACGGAAGUUACACUGCUCUGCUCAGAGCCGUAUGGUCAGGAAGCGCUACAAUUAAGGCAUUCAUUGCCACGAGGAGGGAGGAGGUAGUUCUCAACUAUAUGAUAUACCAACAGCAUGGCAGUCUCUGGACGACUUUAGCUGAAUUCCGGGCAAACAAUCAAACAGAUGCAACCGCGUGUUCAGUUAGACAAGAGAAUUCCUUGAAGACAAACGAGUGGUGUAAUUUCACGAAUGAGAACAAUGGCGACAGUUGGUACUGUAAGAAGUCCAAAAUCAAGCAGUUAACAUGUGAUACGUGGUCGCAUUCGUUUAGUGCAAAUGGAAUUAGCUUUCUUCUUAAUGACACUGAGAGAAACAUUAUUGGUUUGUCUGUGGCAGCUUUAAAACAAGAUGUUUUACAGAGUUCAGUGAGGGUGUCAGUUAGAGGAGUUCGGGACACAAUGACACACAAUCAGCAAGGUCACAAGUUGUGA